AUGAACAUUAUUGAAGCCCAAGAUACUUUUGAUUAUGCUGAGUAUUUGGUCCACGACGGGUUCCAGCCGCGCCUUCCGACUUCGCUGCCGCCCCCAGGGCAGCAGCAGCAGCAGCAGCCGUCGCCGCUACCACGCCGACAGCCCGUCCCGUUGAUGUCUCCCGCGCAGCUUCAUGCGGGAGCGCCCCGGGUGGUCGCUCCGGCGCCUGCGGUCCCUCUUCAGUCGCCACCGCCUUCGGAGCUGAUGGACGUCGACCCCUCAGCCGGGCCGCCUUCCCAAGCGGUGGCUGUGCAGCCUGCACUGCAGCCGCUUUCCUUGGGCACCCCCAAGGAGUCUGACACCGCAGCGCCUUGUCCGGCGCCCACUCAGCAGCCGUCGACGCAGCGUCAGGAGACGCUGCCUCUCUUCGUGGGUCCCGACGCCCCGUCGCGUCCAGUACCAGAAGCUGCGCCCGUGGUCACAGGCGUGCACCCCGACCUCGGUUUUCAGUCGGUGUUUCCCGAGGCCCCGCGCAGCCAAUGCUGGGGUGCGGACCGGGGACUGCCACCGACAACAGUCUCCGCCCCGGUCUCUUCUGCUACGUCUGCGGCCAGACCCCUCCCCGCCGUCGACGCUCGCCACGUCAUUAUUCAACGACGGUGCGGCGAUUUGGGGGGGGGGGGAGUGUUAUAUCCUAGCCAGUAA